AUGACAGAGGCAGACCCCAGCAGUCCUCAACGCCUCCCGGAAGACGUCAUGUGCGUCCUCUUAGAACACGUCGGCCCCACCGCCAGCCCUUCCGAUCUCGCCACCUUUUCGCGCGUCUCCCGCUACUUCCACAAAAGGCUUAUCCCCUUCCUCUACAUGUCACCAACUCUUACCCGGCGGAACGUCUCCCGCUUCUUCUUUGGGCUCUUCUAUUUCGACAAAAUUGAUGACGAUGAGAGGGAACAAUGGUGGCAAGGAGACCUAGCGGACAAAAAGUCGGCAGUUGCGAGAAGGCUGGCUAUGUUGGGACAUGUGCAGUGCGUCAUCUUUGAGGAUUAUCUCGCUGUAAUUAUGUGCAACUCAGCGGUUUCUGCGUUUCUCGCCCAUGGUCUUGACAGCCCGCCCAUGGCAUGGUACGGGUACACAUCCAGCAGCCAAGACCGCUCUUCUCCCGCCCGUCGCCUCCUCUUCUAUGGCCGCACUCCCACCCUCGUCCACCUCUCCCACACGUUUCUAGGAGGCUUGAAUUUUAACGCAGUGGAAAACAAGGAUCUACGGGUUAAGGUAUUGCAAUCGAUGCUGGGGCCAUUUGGGGCGUUGUCGAUCCAACAGCCAGUGGACCGUUCACAGGGACCGCAUUGGACGUACGUGCCAGAUUAUCUGGGACCAAUCUGCCAAAGAGUUAAGCCCCUCGUGCUGGUGAUCGACAACUACGAUACAAUCGCCCUCGCCCAGAUACUAUCUCCCUCCCAACGCGGUAUUGCAAUGAAUCUCCGGGGCAGGUUGAUUGCACAAACUGAUGAAGUCGUCAAGUUCUUGUCACACCACAUGCGACUCACGCCCGAGCCCCUAUUCUACAUCAUAUAUAACUAUACGGUGAAUGAGGCGAGCUACGACCACUGUAACGGCGAACGAGUCAGAAAGUUGAUCCUCAACCGUGCUUUCGCGGCGGCCUCCCAAUCGCCUCAAAAGAGGAUCGUGAGGCUGGAGGUCAUAAUGCAAGGCCCUCAAUCGAAUGCUGCUACGAUGGAGAGGAUGAGGUAUGAUAUAUUUGAGCUGAUGAAGAAAGGUUGA